AUGUACCCGGCUACUACCCACCAGGCUGCACAGCUUAUGAGACUUGACUUAUAGUUGUACCCCAGUCCGGGAGCCAGUCCGGGGCACUUGGAAUGAUUGGACCGCCAUUGCGGGCAAUUGUCCAGCUGAACAGCGACCGAGAUCCACCUGGAUGUCUUGCGCUGGACGUUGAAAAGAAAGACAAAGUGCAUCCGAUGACGACAUUUUGGUCAUCCUGUGCGCUCGGAGCGCUUUCUGAAGCCAAUCUUCGUAUCGCCUUUUGGGCCUCACCUCCCCUGAUCGUCUCUACUAUCCUGGUUGCCCGGUCUAGUUUGCAACACCAAGCUUAGGCUUACCCCACCCCACAAAGUCCGCUGCAGCAUUGACCUGAUUGCUGCUUGCAAGCCAGUUGUCGUUGAUUCCAGAAUGACAUAUCAGAUGAUGAGCUACUUACUGGCGCGCCCGAUGAUCCCUUGGAAGGAUCGCCUCGUGAAAUAGACCCCACCAAAGUAACAAAGCAACAAACGGUCAGUCAAUGGGUGAAACACGCAAGAAGCCGGCGAAAGAAAGCCACAAAAUGCAGCCAAAAAAGGGGGGAGUAUGGGUGAAGGAAUAGAACGAGAAAUCUUAACUCACGGAGAAUUGGAAUUGGGUAUUUGAG